GUAUAUAAUCUUAUUGGGUAUUUGAUAUAAAAAAUGUCCAUUUUAUAUGCAAUAAAGUGUCAGUGGCGGGUGGGUGUCCGAUUAUGUUAUCGCAUAACUAUACAGCUCUGUCAUCCAGCUGGCUGCUGUGGAAUUCAGCUCAACAAUUCGCUCCGCCACAUCGGAAUAAGCCCGGGAGCCUGCAAAAAGAGCUUAAUGUUUCAAACCUCAUGUUUUUCGCUUCUAUUCAGCUGAAAAAAUGGUCGACUGAAAUCGAUCGACCACUUAAAGCUGAAAGAUGACGCCACUUGAGGCAGUGCACCAUCCGAGUGAUCAGGAUGGUGUAAGGAACAGGGAUCCGCAUCCUAGCUGCAUGGAUAGUAGUGGCUAGCGAAGCCUCGCCGAACAGCUAAAAUAAUACAUAGUGCCAAGGCAGAACCUGUGCCAUUCCCAACACUCUUCUCAACACACCUGGCGAUGUAUUUGCAAAAUGAAAAUACUAGCAUGGAGCACUCCUCCGGUGAUGAAAUCUCACUGAAAGGGGAGCGAAUACUCAAAAAGCGGGCACAGGCGCAAGAAACCACAACACGAGACCCGAAAUAUGAGACUUUAGAAUAUGCUCUGUUUCUCUGCCGAGGGUACUGUGCUUCUCCAAAGGUAGAUCAUAAGCGAAAUAAUAAACGGGGGACCAGGCUGUUAGUUCUCGAUGAGGCUGAGACACCGGAUUUUGAAUAUCAAAUACAGGGCGCUGCUUCAAGGAUCCCAACGGAUGGUGGAGCUCAUAUCCGUGUUGUGAUGAUGAACUCGGAUGCUGGCAUUUUCAUCGAGGAUCGAAAUCGAACCUAUUCGCUUUUUGAAAAGCAUUGGGCAUUUAAUAUGAGAAAUAUUACAUUGUUAUCUUCACAACUCGUGUCGAGCUAUCAUAGCCGAAUGGCCAGUUUUGGUGGCCAACCUUGCUUAGAGAUUUGCUACAAUAUUAGCGAGUAUCUUUCAUAUGACGAAGAUAAUAUCUCAUCAUUGGAGAGCAAUCUGACUUUAAACGCCAGCAAGCCAGCAGAUAUGUGGCUUGAGCAUCAGUAUGAACCUCUUUAUUUCAGAUAUAAUUCUGUAACGGGCCAGUCAACAUACAUGUUAUCGAAUGCAACACGCGAAAACAGAGAUCUACUUAAUAGUGUUGGGCUACACCUUGCUGAGUCACCACCAAAAAUGCAUCCUUUCACACUUCACACGGUUAUUUUAUCACAAACUUUGGCAACACGAACGUCGGAAAUCGAUGAUUUGUAUCGACGACUAUUGUGGAUUGAAACACAAAUAUAUCGUGGUUCUAUAUUUCAGGAUACAAACUCUGAGAGGUUCACACGGUAUAUACAACUGUCACAUAAAUUAUCCCGGAACCUCAUCACACUUGAACAUCGGAAUCAGCGCGACACUUGUCAUAUUGACCGAUUAUUGCAAGAUCACGCCCGCCUGUGGAAGAUGACAACAAGACAACGUCCUAAAGGAUCCGAUGAGUGCUACAUAGAUGCGCCGGGUCAUGAACGUGUACGAGAUAGCCUCUUGUGCUUAAAAGACUUUGCUGCCGACCGAGAGCGGCAAAUUAUCAAUUUGCAACGAAAGACACAAAUCUUCAUCACACUAUUAUAUAACUUAAUCACAGGUCAUGACAGUGCGAUCAAUCUCCGCAUUGCUUCCGAGACCGCAAAUGUCUCGCACGAGGCAAAAAAAGACAGCACAUCAAUGAAAAUUAUUGCAGGUGUCACUAUGUUUUAUCUACCUGCCACAUUUGUUUGUAGUUUGUUCGGCACCAAUUUUGUCGCCUUGGACACAAGUGGCACAUCUGAACCGAAUUUUGUGAUUUCUAAAUUAUGGUGGCUGUAUUUUGCCUUUGCUAUUCCCCUGACUGGGCUUACGGUGGUAUGUUUCGUUGUCUGGCGUCGUUGGCGUGGAGUGCAUCGUUUCCGAGCCGAGCAAGAUAAAUAUUUGGUUUGAUGUUGCCUCAAUUUUGUCGGAUGUCAACUGUAUGUAUAUAUAUCCAUCAAUUGAUGCUCAACUUUCAGGACAACGUCAUGAAUUGAGUCACUUGAUCCCUGGCCUGCUGAAAAAGCUGCAUAACGUCUAAUUCACAUAGCACCUCAGAAUCCACUGGCUAUUGAACACUGCUUAAUCCAACAAUAACACCAACCCUUCAGAGUCGCAGAAAUAACACCCAUCUCAGAAUUGUGAGAGCUGAUCUAGAUGUUGACAGCGUGGGGCAAUGCGACAUGCACAAGACCUAGUAAUGGUGGCAAAUUGAAAAAUAAGAUUAUAUAUUUACGUUUGAGAAAGGAAAAUCACGAAUUCGAUCUACUUCCUGGAUGAAACUGUUGUGACUUGUAAUACCAAAUAUAACGUGCAGGUUUACGAUGGUCAAGGGACCCAUGAAGCAUCCAUACUUAUGGCAACUUCCCCAUCCUUACACGCAUAU